CCGCCCGACCUCCGAGGCGAAUUGGCUCCGCCGUGCCACCGCUGAGCGCCAUGCCGCCUUCGGCCCCAGCGAAGCCCCUGGCCGCCGAGCCGGACUGAGGGGGACGCUGCUGGCCAGGCUGCGCUUUGCUGCAACCACGUGUCAUUGAUUCGCAGCCUUCCUGUCACACAACAACAAGGAAGCCUUCGGGGAGAAGAGGGCUGGGGGGGGAAUCAUCAUCUUCUUCUUCUCCCCCUUUGGAUCGCCCUGGGGAAAGCCGCCACUUUCCUGAUCCAGGCUGGUUGCAGCAAUGGAAGAAAAUAGCAUGAGCACCCUGCAACAGAGGGCAGCUGAGCUGGAGUGCAUGGCAGAGGUUCUUCUGACAGGGGAACAGCUAAGGCUCAGGCUGCAUGAAGAGAAAAUUAUUAAGGACCGAAGACACCACCUGAAAACUUAUCCGAACUGUUUUGUUGCCAAAGAAUUGAUUGACUGGCUGAUUGAUCACAAAGAGGCCUCUGACAGGGAGACAGCAAUUAAACUCGUGCAGAAGUUACUGGAUCGUAGCAUUAUCCAUCAUGUUUGUGAUGAGCAUAAGGAAUUCAAGGAUCUCAAACUUUUCUACCGCUUUAGGAAAGACGAUGGGACGUUCCCACUUGACAACGAAGUGAAGGCUUUCAUGAGAGGACAGAGAAUAUACGAAAAGCUUAUGAACACUGAAAAUGUUAUUUUACAAGCCAGAGAAGAAGAAGGCGCAAAAUAUGAGCGUACGUUCAUGGCCUCUCAACUGAUUGACUGGUUGAUCCAGGAAGGAGAAGCUGCCACAAGAGCUGAGGCGGAACAACUCGGUCGCAGACUUCUGGAGCACGGAAUUUUCCAACACGUGUCCAACAAACACCAUUUUAUGGAUAGCAACCUGCUCUAUCAGUUCCGAAUGAAUUUCCGCCGCAGGAGGAGACUGAUGGAACUGCUCACCGAGAAGUCCCGUUUGGUACCGGAGAGCCACGACAGCCCCUUUUGCCUGCGGAAGCAAAAUCAUGACCACAAAAAACACGCCACUUUCCUCUCAGUGAGCCCCAGCAAGGAGAUCAAGAUUGUCUCUGCGGUCAGACGGAGUAGCAUGAGCAGCUGUGGUAGCAGCGGGUACUUCAGCAGCAGCCCGACUCUCGGCAGCAGCCCACCCGUCCUCUGCAACCCGAAAUCUGGUGUCUUUCCUUCCAUUCCCCACCCCCUCCCAGUACUAAAAAGAACAGUGACUCCGGAGGAACUUCUGAGGCCUGGGGCUCCCUAUGCCCGGAAAACAUUCACUAUCGUAGGUGAUGCUGUUGGGUGGGGAUUUGUGGUCCGAGGGAGCAAGCCCUGCCACGUGCAAGCUGUGGAUCCCAGUGGACCGGCAGCUGCAUCGGGAAUGAAGGUUUGUCAGUUUGUGAUUUCAGUGAACGGGCUCAACGUUCUCCAUGCAGAUUACAGGACUGUGAGCAACCUCAUCUUAACCGGUCCUCGAACCAUCGUCAUGGAAGUGAUGGAAGAAAUUGAGCCCUGAGGCGGAUGCUUGACCUGCCGCUCCAUCGUUGUGGAUUCAGCCCCUGUCCAAACACAAGCAACAUCAUACAAGGGGAUAAAAACAUACUUUUUCUCAGAGAUCAAUUUUGCCUUCUAAGUACUUUCCUCUCCUCUUUAAUAAUAGGGUUUUUCAAUGGAUGUAGUCUAAGACCAUGGGUACGGGUUGGCGAGUCUAAACUAAAGAAGCACAAAUCAGCUUGUACUACACAAAGGAACUCUUGCAUAUCCAAGUCGUGGCAAGCUUAGAUGGUCAAUCUUACAGAUGGGCAAGAUCCGAUGCAGCUGUGAAAUCUCUUAUUAGGAAUCAUGUUUGUGCCAAUCUCUUCAACGUUGUCUUGCUUUUCUUUUAAUUCAUGUUUUCAUUUGUGAUUGUAUAGAACGAGCCCAGUUUUUCCAGUGCAUCGUCUCCAGACAUAUUAUGUCCAUAACUUCUAGAAUUCCUAGCCAGCAGAAACAACAACUGAAUUGGCUGAGAAUUCAAGAAGUCGAUGUCCAAUUUUUUUGGAGCAUGCCCAGAUACUAGCUUUGAUUUGAAAGUUCUGGUAACAAUUUCAGUUCAAAUGUAUAGCUAGACGUAAACUAAGGAUUGUUACACAUUUGGUACCAAGGAAGACCCUGUUCUAUUUCUUGGACGAGUUAUGGAACAGGAAGCAAGUGGACAUUUUAAACAUGCCAUCUUUGCAUAAUUAUGUCUGUUCUGUAACUUGGCUAAUCUUGAAAAGCUAAACCAGUCAGAUCUGGUUAGUUCUUUAAUAGGAAAUCACUAACAAAUCCUGGGUCUAGGUUUUAGACUGGGAAGUUGAGAAACUGUCUCAAAAGAAAAUGACGGUAAAUUACUUUAAUAUGGUUGCCAACAAAAUGAUAUGGUUGUAUCCAUGUAAAUUUAUCAGGUUCAAUUCAAGGGAAUCUUUAUCUUUUUAUCUCCGAAGAUGGAGAAGAAACUUUAUCAGUUACAAUUCUGCCAUCACCUUGAUGAAAAUCUCACUUCUGUAUUAGAAGAGCAGACACAAUUCACUCCCUACUACACACCACAUGGUCCAGCCUUGUUCAUACAGAAUAACAGAAUUGCAACGUACUUGAAGGUCUUCUAAUCCAACCCCCUACUCAUGCUGGAGACCCUAUACCAGUGACGGCUAACCUUUUUAUCCUCGGGUGGCAAAAGUGUGUGCGUGCACGCAAUAGCACUCGUGUGCGUACCCACACCCAUAAUCCAAUGACUCCCAUGCACACCCCACCCCCUGCGCAUGCACGCACAAUCCCCCCCACACUGCCCCCCCGUGCAGAUGCAUGCGACCCUCCCACGCUCCCAUACACACACGCAUGUACGCGCAACCCCCUUCCCCCCGUGCUCCUAGCAGUCCUCCCUGAAGCCUCCGGAGAUCGGAAACAACCCGUUUCCGGACUUCCGGUAGGCCUGUUUUUCGCCCUCCCAGAGCCUCCGCGUGAGCCCUGUACUUACCUGGCAUCCAAAACAGGCUGCGUGGAGACUCCUGGGAGGGGGAGGGCAGCAUGGGCAUAUGCGCGUCUCCCGCAUGUACGGCAGAGACCCAAAAAUCAGCUGGCCAGCAGGAGGCGCACAGUGGAGCUGUUCUACGGCGACACCUUGUGUGCCCGCAGAAAUGGCUCUGUGUGCCACCUGUGGCACACAUACCAUAGGUUCGCCAUCACAUCCCUCUACCAUUUCAGACAAGUGGUUGUCCAGUUUCUUCUUAAAACCUCAGGCAAAGACAAGCGAUUUCACUGAUUAAUUGUUCUGUCAGGAAAUUUCUACUUAUUUCUAAGUUGGAUCUCUCCUUGAUUAGUUUCCAUCCAUUGCUUCUUGUUCAGUAUGAGCCCUGGUGGUGCAGUGGUUAGAAUACAGUAUUGCAGGCUAACUCACUGCUCACUGCCAGGAGUUCGAUGCUGACUGGCUCAAGGUUGACUCAGCCUUCCAUCCUUCCGAGGUGGGUAAAAUGAGGACCCAGAUUGUUGGGGACAAUAUGCUGACUCUGUAAACCGCUUAGUGAGGGCUGUAAAGCACUGUGAAGCGGUAUAUAAGUCUAAGUGCUAUUGCUAUUGCCAUGUGCUACAUAUUUCUGGUAUUAUAGUGUGAGCCAUCAUUUUACACUAUAAUUUGGCUAACAAGCACUUUGUUACAAUUUAGAUCCUUUUUUUAUAAAUCAGGUGGGUAAAUAUAGACGCCAUAAUUUUAAGACAUCCAAGAUUCCAAGAUACUGUUUUGAAUACAUCUAUGAUAUUGCAAAAAGCAAACCAAUCUACUCUUUGUCAGUUGCAGAAACCUAAGCAAAUAAAGUGGAAUCUUAUAAGCCAUGCAGAUAAAUGUACAUUAAUCAUGGUUAGCAUUCUUUAAUCUAUCUGUUAAUUAUGCCCCUGCUAGGAAUAAAGACCCCCACUGAUA